AUGGCGAGCUUUGGGCCUGAAGAAGUGUAUCUGCUCGGCCGCAGUCCAGACGAAACUACAGAACAUCAACGACAGGACAGACUGAACAACCAGCAGGAACUUUUCGUCGAGCUCAUGGGGGACACUCCCAUCCACCCCUCCAUCCCCACCGAGAACAUCCAUGCCGUUGCGGAUGUCGCUACCGGCACGGGAAUAAGGAUCUGGCUCGCCUCCGUAACAGACACCCUCCACCCCACCCCCUCCAACCGCCUCUACCUCCACGGCUUCGACAUCUCGCCCGUGCAAUACCCGUUCACGAAGGACGUCAACCCCUCCCAUGAAACCUAUUUCUCGGUACAUGACAUGCGUGGCCGGUUUCUCGAGGAACAACGUGGACGGUACGAUCUUGUGCACCUGCGAUUGUUAGCCGUGGCAUUAAAAGAGGAAGAUUAUCCUGCUGUGAUUCGGAAUGUGGUCAUGUUACUGAGUGUCUCCCGCUAUACGUACAGCACCCUCGACAAGCCGCAUUUGCAUGCCACCGCCAGCGCAUGCAUCCUCCGGCUCCUGCAUGCGUUGUUUCCCAAAUUGAUUGUGAGUACGAGUGAUGGAGUGGAGAGGGAGAAGGCGCUCGAACAGGUGCAACGGUUGUUGAAGUUUGAGGGACAUGUUGGGCGGGUUUCGCCGUUAGCGAAUUUACAGGUUAUUGUUGGGAGAAACCCCAUGUCUUCCUGAGCUUUCUUAUGAAGGGGUUUAUGUGUUUUUCUUGUUUAUUUUGUUUGAAUUUUUUGGGGGGUGG